AUGCUAGACACAGCUAGCAAUGGGAACUUCCUCAACCAGGAUGUAGAUGAUGGCUGGCAACUUGUGGAGAACAUAGCUAACUCAAAUGGAAGCUAUGGAGAAGAGUAUGAUCGCACCAACCGGAGCUCGACCCACCACUCGAUCGAGUCAGACGAAAAGUUGAGAAAAGAUGUUAAGGCAUUGAAUGAGAAGUUGGAUAAGCUGAUCCUAGCUCAGUCCACAAUGAAGAAAGUCAACUUUGUGUCUGCUGAGGAGAUGGAACCAGUCCAAGAAGGGGAGGAUACACAAUUUGCUGAGGUGUGCUACAUGAGCAAUGGGCAAGGAGGUUACAACAAAGGAUACUAUAAUUACAAGUCCAACCCUGCCAUGUCAUACCGCAACACUGAUGUUGCUAACCCUCAGGACCAAGUAUAUCCUCAACAACAAGCAGCUCGAUCGAGUCAGGUGCCACAACAUGGGCUUCCCCACCAACCGCCCCAGCCUGCACCUUCACAAGAGAAUGAGCUCAAGGCAAUGCUAAAGCAACUACUUCAAGGGCAAGCUGAUGGGGUAGUGGACACAAGCAAGAAGCUAGCUGAAAUAAACUCUAAGAUCGAGAACCUCAACACAAGGGUUUACUCUCUGGAGAAUCAUGCUUCUUCUGUUGCUGCUGCUACAAAGCAAGGACAACUACCUGGUAAAGCUAUUCAGAACCCCAAGGAACAGUGCAAGGUCAUCUUCACUCAAGAAGGACUUGUUGAAGAAGAGGAUCAAGAAAGGGUCAUUGAAGAUUUUUGUUUACUGCUGAAUGAUGAAGAGAUUGUUGCUGCUGAGGCUCCUGGAGUCCAGAUUGAUCAACCAGAAGUGCAUGCACCUACUGUGGCCAUUCACACUUCACCAGUUGAGCUCGCACGACAAGCUCGAUCGGCAGCUCGAUCGAGUCCAACUCUAGCUCGAUCGAGUCCGACCUCUUCUGUCCGAAGCCUGUUUUGCUUGAUCCUUACCAACCGGUUGCCGCUUCCUCGUCUCGCCUACUUAGUCAAGGUCACAAGGAAGUGA